AUGCGGCUGGUGAAAACUAUGCCCAGGGUUGAAUACAGAAAGCAUGAUCCGGCAAAUGAAGCGGAGUUUGAAACGGUCAAGUUGUUGGUGGACCUGGGAUUAUCCGAGCCGUACUCGAUCUACGUGUACCGCUUCUUCUUGACGAACUGGCCCGACUUGUGCUAUCUAGCCACGGAUGCCGACCAGGAUGGGAAGGUUAUCGGUGCCAUCAUCUGCAAAGUGGAGCCCCACCGCGAAGUCAGGAUUAGGGGAUAUAUUGGGAUGUUGGUAGUCGACCCAUCAUACCGAAAACAGGGCAUCGCCGCCAAACUCAUUGGCGUGGCACUCGACGAAAUGACCAUCGAGCACAAGGCGGACGAAAUCAUGCUUGAAGCUGAGGUCUGCAACGGUGCUGCUAUAGCGUUAUAUGAGAAGUUUGGGUUCAUGAGAUGGAAGAGAUUACACCGCUACUACUUGAACCAGCACGAUGCGUUUAGGUUGGUGUUACCCUUGACCGAGAAGAGUGUCACCCGGAUUGCCUUUUUACCGCUAUUGGAGUGCGCAUAG